AUGUGGCUCUACACUGUCAACGCGAACGCCGGGAAGGGCUACCGGGACUUCCUCGACUGGCUGGACAGCCAGCACAGCCUCGCGGAGGCUGGGUCGAAGAGGCUGCCAGUCGCAGAUGUCACCUUCGUGCAGGAGACGCGCGUGCGUGCAUGUGGCAGGGGGGAAGUCCAGCGUUGGCAUCGGAAGCGCGGCUUCGACUUCGACCUUGCCGCAGGACUCAGCACGGGAGACGGGCCCCAGGCCGUCUCAGGCGGGGUAGGCAUCGGUGUGCGGCAGCGGUUCGCGGCAGCCACGCUCGACACCGCUUUCAGGCAGCCCCACCGCGUGCUGCGACGGGUAGUCAACAUCGGCGACGGGCUCGCCAUCGAUCUCAUGUCCAUCUACCUCCGUGACGGGGAGGGCAUGAGCGAGGCCAACGCAGACAUCCUCUGGGAAGUUGCGUCGCAGCUCAGGGUGGCGGUGCGGCCGUGGAUCCUGGCUGGCGACUUCAACAUGGACCCCCAUCCAGGGGCGGCGACCUGCAGGGCGGGGGCGCUCAACGAGCUCGGCUACGCUGUCAUCUCCGACGAGCUUCAGCAGUUCGUGUUCAGCCACGGGCCCGUGGUUGAGGCCCCCUUCGGGCCACGCAGCCCCGUCUUGCUGGAGGCACGAGGGCUGCGCGCAGAAGCCGCGGUGCAGCAGCUUCAUCGCGCGGCGCGGCUGCCGUUCGAUCGGGCCAUCGGCUGUCUGCCCUGCGCCCCCUUGCCUGCCUGGACUUGGGAGGAGGGCGCGGCCCCCCCCAGCCCGCGGGCCGCCAUGCAGGAGUGGCUACGGCACGCUGAGGGCUACCUUCUCCCACUCUACGACUUGCGCGGGGACGAGGCUCAGAAGUUCGCUGGCAGGGGCGACGGAGUGCGCUUCGUCAAUGUGCCGCUCGCGGACGCCAGCCGCCGCCGCUGGGCUCAGCUCAGCUCGCACGAGACCCACGCCUGGGGCGGGCUGGUCAGCCUGCUGCAGCGCGCAGACCCUCUGCUGGCGCGUGGGAAGGACCUACAGGGCCUGGCCAGCCUGCGCGCCCGCCUGGCAGCGCUGCGCCUGGGCGACUACGACGGCACCAUGGCCCCUGUGCCCAGGGGAGAGCUGGGCGCUGCGGCGACCUCCAGCGACGCGGCUUUGAGGAGGUGGCCCAUCGAGCACGCUAGGGCCCAGCAGCAGGCCUGCCAGCGCAGCGACGCAGCUGCCGCCAGGAGGCAGUGGCAGGCCUGGGCCAAAGGCUCGGCUACAGGCGGGGGGAAGCUCGCCCGCCGCUUCUCCAAGCCUGAGCCGCUGGCCCCGGCGACUCUCGUCACGGCGGACGAGGGCGAUGGGGAGGCGCUACGAGCCAACGGCGACGAGGCGGCGCGGCAUUGCCUCAAGGAGUGGCUUCCGCUCUGGCUGGACCCUCGGCGCAGAGGAGUCCUCGAGGAAGCGGGUAGCUGGGGGGCGCCAGAGCCGCUGCCGAGUCUCGAGGUGGACAGCCUCAGGUACCUGCUCAAGCGGUACGGGAGGUGGGCAGGCCUGGGAUGGGACCAGCUCCACCCGAGGCAGCUGCUCCUCCUCGACGAGUCCUUCCUGGCCAGGCUCCUCGACGUGCUGGCCGGCUGGGAGGACGGGCCCGAGGCCUGCUUGGACUGGCUCGCCGUCAUCGUCUCUCGUGCCAAGGCGGGCGGUGGCAGGAGGCCCAUCGCUCUCACCUGCCUUCAGCUUCGCCUCUGGUCGGCCCUGCGAGGGCCCACCGUCAGGGCAUGGGAUGCGCAUCACCACGAGGCAUGGUGCAUCGGCGGGGAGCUGAACACGUGUGAGAGGGCAGGCUGGGUGCAUCAGACCCUCACGGCCCUGGCCUACGAGAAAGGCUGCUCCUGCGCGACUGGGAUAGCCAAGCUACUCCUCUUCCGAUCAUUCAAGAAGGUGGCGGCCUUCUACCCCAGCGUGCGGCUGGGCAGUGUAGUCGACGACUUCGCGCUCCAGACUGUGGGCACCACGGGCAUGGUGAAGGCAGUUCUAGGCCCCGCCACACGCAUGCUGCUGAGCUGCUUCGAUGAGAAGCGGGCGCCCGUCCACUUCGGGAAACUCUGCUACCUCACGCCCGACGCAGAGGUGGCGAAGCAGCUGGAGUCGGAGUGGCCCGCCGAGGACGGCAGGGCGCAGCGCGGCAGGCUGCUAGGCAACGACGUGCACGAUGGGCGCUGGAGGCGCACCGCCAUCGGGGCACAGCGGGUCGAGGAUGCCCUUGCAAGGUCUCGGAGGCUGCAGGUGCUGAGGUCAGCUGGGGCCAAGGUGGCCACGGUGCAGAUGGGGCGGCCCCACGGCAGCCGCCACCUGGGGCUCGGCCACGACUGGUGCUUCCCCAAAGGCAUCGAGAGAGACCCAGCGGUGGUGAACGCUGGCCAGGUCGUGCUGCAGUUCGGCAUGGCGCUCUGGCUGGGCUACCCCACUCCGUUCGCCCUCAACACGCUGCUUGAGAAGGCCAAGCAGCGGUUCUCGACGGCGAAGCGGCCUUGGGCAACCUGCAGAGACCCCGUGGCAGCCUUUUUCCUCACCAUCACCAGGCUUGGCUGGACCAUCGAGGGCGGCAGGCACGUCACCACUGACCAGGGGUUGGAGGUCGACCUGGCCAGAGUAUCGACCUACUUCAUCAAGGAGAUGGCAGAGGGAGCGGCCAAGAGGUGGUCCGACCGCGACGCCACCUUCAGGCUGUACCCCCACCAGAGCUCGGACCUGUACUGGGGCUCGCUGCAGAGGUUCGGCAGGCUGUGCAGCUGUGAUGGUCACGCGGCCUAUCGCAAGGACGAGGCAUCACCCGAACUCCUUCGGCACGCAGAGGUGGCUCGGGCUGCAGGAGGUAACUGCGGCGAGAUGUUCGGCAGGUGCCUCUUCCCGUCGCCCGACCACGUGGUCCCGAGGCGUGACCCAGAUGGGGACCCAGUUCGAUGGCAUCGGCGCCCAGCCUCGGGGUACCUCACAGGCCUCAUCUUCGCGGACGGCAGCGCGGUGGGCACGCGUUGGCCAGAGCUGCAGCGCGCUGGCUGGUCGCCCGUGCAGUGCGACAGGCAUGGGCGCUUGGUGGCUGCUGCAUGGGGUUGGGUGCCCCUCUCCAUGGCGCCGCGUCAGGAGGCACGAGAUGGCGAGGACUACGCGAACCACAUGGCGGCCUUCCUCUGCGAGGGCCACGUCGACUUCCAGACGGACUGCGUUGGGACGGUGGCUUGCGCCCAGAGGGGAGCUACAUGGGCAUGUCGCCCAGGGUCGCCGAGGGCCCACAUGUGGAACGCUUUCUACGCCUCCUUCGAUGGCUCGCGCAGCUACACGGUCACCAAGGUGCUGGCCCACGCCUCCGCCGCCGACGUGGAGGCGGACCGCACGACCUGGUGGCAGCGGGCAGGCAACAAGCUCGCAGACGAGGCGGCGAAGGAGGGAGCGAAGCUGGCACUGGGCGACGACCAGCUGAACUUAGCCUACGGCCUCGACCUCAUCGCAUGGCAGGCGAUGAUCUUCACGGGCAAGCUCCACGCGCGCAUGGCGGAUCGGAAGCUGCUCGACCAUGCCAGCGACGUCAUCCUGGAGUUCUCGGAGCCCGAGGCGGGCCACGAGGAGCACGAGACCAGCGGGGGCCACGCUGCUGAGGCCGCCUGGGGGGUUGCUGGCGCGGCGGCUGCGGCCCUGGCUGCUGCGCGGGCCUCGGCGGAGGGCGACGAGCCCCCUGCAGCUCGACGGCAUCGACAGCCGUGGUCGAUCGGAGGCCAUUCAAUCGUCGAGCGAGCCGUCGCGGGGCCUGGCGCGGACGGCGCCACCAUGGUCCACUGCGUGAAGUGCUGCGCCUGCGCCCACCAGCGCAUGCAGGGCAUCCUCGGGCCGUGCGGCUCGGGGGCAGGUCGUGAGCCACAGAUCGAUAGGAUUCGCAGAGGGCUUUUCCCUAAUGUGAAGGGCGGCCGUGGAGCCUGGCGCCUCGGGGAGCAGCUCUUUCCCUCCGAGGCCUGGCGUACGAAAUUCAGCCAGAGGCUUUCGCCCGCCGCCGCCCCCGAGGCCAGCAGGGCCACGGGCAGCGGGCAGCAGGGCCCUGCUCAGCGCCUGCCCCGCUCGCGCGCGCUGCUGCGUUUCGGGGUAGGGCCCGACCAGGAGGCUG